AUAGGUUAAAUCCAAAACUUGGUAAUAGAUCUAUGUUGUUACAACAAAGAUCUAGUCCACCUACCUCUUCAUCUUCGAUAAACUCUUCUGCUAAUUUAACAAUAAAUAUUCAUGGUGGCAAUAAUGACAAUGAGUCGGCUGUAACGUUACUAACACAUAAUAGUAGUAAUAAUGAUUUAGAAAAUUCUUUUUCAACACAAGAAAACAUUCUAAAAGAUAAUGAUGAUAGUAAUAAACCAAAAACUUAUAAUUACAUUUUUAGUUGGGAAAAUAUUUUAAAAAAUCUUUCUUACAUAUUUACUUGGUAUUUUUUUUCUACUGCAUUAUCAUUCUAUAAUAAGAAUUUAAUGGGAAGAGAUAAUUUCAAUUUAAAUUUACCAUUACUUGUAAGUUCUAUACAUACUGGAGUGCACUCUAUAAUAACUGUUGUUUUGAUGAAUAAUACUUUACCAUUUAUUUAUGAAAGAAAAAAUGUAAAAUCAAUAUCAAUUCGUAGUUAUGUUACUAGAGUUAUUCCCUGUGCUGUGGCUGCUGCAUUAGAAAUAUGUAUGGCUAAUGCAUCUCUUGUAUAUAUAACACUUAGUUUUUAUACUAUGGUAAAAUCAUCUACACCAAUUUGGGUUUUGCUUUUUGCUUUCUUAUUUCAUUUAGAGCAACCAAGAAUUUUACUUAUAUUAAUAAUAACAGUGAUGAGUAUAGGUGUGAUAUUGACUGUGGCAGGAGAAACAAAAUUUAAUCUGAUAGGAUUUUUCUUAGUAUUGGGUGCAGCAAUUAUUAGUGGUUUGAGAUGGACAUUGACACAAAUAUUGUUGCAGAAAGAGGAAGGAAUGAAUGAUCCAAUUUCAACACUUUAUUACAUCUCACCUGUAAUGUUUAUCUUGAUGUUUAUUCUUUCUUUGAUGUUUGAAAAUCCUUUUUUCAUCUCUGGUACUUCUAUACAUUUUCAAGAUUUUACAACUGGCUUACAAACAUUUGGUUUAAUGUUAACAGGUGGCUUGUUAGCCUUUUGUAUGACUGUGGCCGAAUUUUCUUUAAUCAAAAAUACAAGUACUGUCACAUUAUCUGUAGCUGGUAUUAGUAAAGAAGUGCUUAUCAUCACUCUUUCUGUCAUUAUCUAUCAUGAUGUAAUAACUUCUAUAAAUUUCUUGGGGUAA